GAGCCGCCUCUGGAUAAGAACGAAGUUGACAUACUGAGACGACGUAUCCGAUUUCUCGAAGAGCAGCUAGAUCGAGAGAACGACGGGGGGCUUGGUAGCGCUCUAGGUAGUGUGGUUCGACGUUUGGGGGAUCUGGAGGAGCAAGUUGAAAGGAACAAGGACGAGACAACUCAAGAGGUGAAGGACUGUUAUAGGAACGUCGACCGCAUGUGGCAAUCUGUUGCCCAACUCGAGAAGCAGCAGGCUGAGUACGAAAGCCGUUUUCUUGCCUUUGACGAACGCUUGGAUGGCCACGACGAUUCCCUCCAGGGGUUCAGCGACAGACUCAUGGAGUUUGACGAGGCAUCCAUGGUACUGGAAGAGCGAGUAGAUGCUUUGGAAGAACAGAAUAAUCCCGGUAUCCCCUUCCGUAGACGCAGGCGGAGAUCAACAUCGGACUCGGAGGAGUCGAGAAACCGCAAGCAGACUGUAGAACAGCGAAGCAGCCAACCGAGCAAGCACAACUGUGGCACUACAGCGCGAUCUCCGCGCAGUCUGGUCUCGGAAUCUCGCUGGGGAUCUUUCGAGGGUGAUCAGGUCGAAGUGACGGGAUCAUGGACGGUACACGUCUCUCUCCUUCCCACAGCAUCGCAGCCGUUCCCGUUCGAGAAAGAUACGAAUGCUUACAAACGGUGCCUGUCACGCGGCCUACAUCAGAUGAUAGCCGUUGGAGGGACAGAUGGUCAGUCCUUUGCCACCGCCAUAUCUAAGGCUUUCGGUAGUCUCCUUCGUGGCCGGGAUUGGGUCCCGUUGCAGGCCCGACUGUGUGACGCGGUGACGCUGCAAGGUCUUCCGAUGCUCCGGCCCUUAGAUCCAAGCUUGAUCAACGGGAACUACGACCUGGAGUUCCUGCGAAAGUACUGUGCAGUUUGCUGCCCAAGUGGAAAAAUAGAAUCUUUAUACAUCGCCAUGUUCUCGGAUACGUUCUCGUGGCAUUUUUUGAGACGGUCACCCUGCCACCUCGAAGGCCUUGAAGAGAGCUGGGCCUACGAUCCGUUACUGGACCCCAGCGAUAAUUUCGAAGACGACAAUGGCGACGUAGAAGAUCGGCGGUCGGCGGGUGAGAUCGUACCCCCUUUACCAUCCUUGAAACGGGCGGCGUCUGAGAUGUCGCGAACUCCUAGCUUGAAUGCGGCUUUGGCGCCUGAAGGGAGCGACAACACUCGGCAUAAGUUACCACGGACAAGUUGCAUUCAAGCGGCCAUGGAACACCGUAGACGAGGAGUAGAGACGGUUUAGAUUUGACGUUUCGGAUAUACCAUAGAGAGCACCAUGAUACAAGGCCACAUACACCUGGCCUUGCCUUCUUCCAUUUCGAAUUUUGCCUUACCGCCAACUUCCUUUUCUUACCGACGGAGCGCACGAAUGGAAAGCUUGGCUAAAAGAAAUGACGGUGUGGUGUUGUAGUAGGUUCCGUGGCCUAAUUACGCGACCUUUUCUAUCUGCACUUCUGCCCAGGGGACGGAGUGAUGAAAGGUAGAGAAGACAGAGGAAACAGCGGAGAUAGGCUAGACGGCAAACGUUAAUAUACAUUUUCAAAUAUACACAACGAUAUAGGACAUUAUCAUUGUAUAAAAAAAGAAAAGAGAAAAGAUAUAAGUCGUAUAAGGUUAGCGGUUUCGGGAAACGUAGCUUAAUUGCUGUUAAAUUAUAGCUAUUUAGAGUUUUUAUAGAUCAAUAUUAAAGCUGCUUAUUUAAA